AGAAUACUUCCUACUUAGCUUCCUGAACUUCUUCUUCUCUAUCUCAAUUUCUCAGUUUCUCAAUUAAUCUUGUUAUGAAUCAGUCACUCUUGCUCAGAUCAUAACAAUUGGUAUUAAAGCACAUAUACGAUCAUACUAAUGACAAAGAUGAGCAAUACAGACCGUCUUAAUUACUCAGCUUGAAUUGGAGUUCGCUAAUAUACGAACUAAUAUGGUGAGGAUGAACGAAGCUCAGAGAAAUGACCUAACUCGCAUGUCGGAAUCAUAGGAGAAGCGCUUUGAAGAAAUCCUAGCAUCAGUAAAAGGAACCAGUUCAUCUCAGCACAUCGAGCAUGAAGUCAGGCCUCAAACUUCUGGAAUACUAUCUACACCCUGAAAAUAUACAGGUAUUAAGCUGGAUUUUCCUCAGUGUAACGUUGAAAAUGCAAGAGGAUGAGUUAAAAAAUGUCAGCGUUAUUUCUUGAUUCAUAAUAUGUCCGAUUAUGAAAAGAUAGUAUUGGUAGGGAUGUAUGUUGAAGGGAAUGUUGAACACUGGUAUAUGGAUAUGACGAUUGCUGGCAGGGAAGCAAUGAGUUGGGAUACCUUUGUAAAACUGUUUCUUGACAAAUUCUCCAAAGACAAUGAAAUAAUUGGGGAAUUUAACAAAUUGAGGCAAAAAGGUGGAGUGGAGGAUUAUAUUGAUAAAUUUUCUGAACUUAAAUCUUUCAUGUUACAAAGAAAUAAGUUCUUGGAUGAUUUCUAUAUUGAUAAAUUUUCUGAACCUGUUAAAAGAUUGAAUAAAGAAGAAUUGGAUGAACUAUACACAGUAGGCCAUAAAUGCAAAAAGAUAUUUGCCAUUCUGCUUACAGAACAUGAAGAUUGUUCAAGUGUUCCAAUAGAUGAUGGUGAUAGUGAGAAGGAAGUCAGUUUUGGAGUAUCAAUGCAUGCUCUGAAAGGUCAGGUGCCUACUGAUACCAUCAAAUUGAUAGGGAAGGUUAAGAAUAAUAAUCUAACCAUACUUGUGGACUCUGGGAGUACACACAGCUUCAUAGACCUUGGAGCAGCUAAGAAGAUUAAUUGUGAGGUUGAGAUUACUAAUCCUUUACAAGUGACAGUAGCAGGAGGAGGGCAGAUUGAGUGUAACUCCAAAUGUCCUAGAUUAGAAUGGGAAAUGGCAAGACAUUGUUUUGCAGCAAGUGUCAGGAUUUUUCCCUUAGGGGGUUAUGACAUGGUAAUGGGAGUGGACCUAAUGAGGAAAUUAGGACCUAUUAUGCUGGAUUAUGACUACCAUACCAUCACUUUUGAUCAUAAAGGACAAAGAGUUGUAGUACCGGGCAUUCAACCAGAUAUUUCAGUUAAAAUGAUCACAGGAAGAAAGAUGAAUAAUCUAUUGAAGAAGAGACAUGGAACCAUAUUUCAGUGCCUCAGUAUGUUGACAACAUCUGUAACUAAAACUGAAGAUCACAAGGAAGUAGAGUUGGAACAGAUUAUCAUCAACUAGCAAGACAUUUUUCAAGAGCCCACUGAGUUACCCCCCUCAAGAACCUGUGAACAUCAACAAAGAAAUGCAGACAUAACAAAGAUUAUAAUGGAUUGAGAGUUGUUUCAUAACAAAGAAAUGCAGACAUUUUAGUAGUCAUUUUUCUGUAUUCCAUCAUAUUUCCAAGCCAAAAAAAUAGUGAGACUUUGACUCUGUUGCAAUGAUGAAAAGAUCGUUUUGUUUUGUGCAUGAUAAAUUGGGAAAUUAAUAC